GAGGGAGGGAGCCGGAGCCAGGGCAUAAAUAUAUAAAUAAAGAGGAAAAGAAAUCCGCUCCGCAGCCUCCCGGCUCAGGAACUUUGGCCCCGAGUGCGGGARCGAGUGGCUCUGCAGUCCGAGGCCGGGGCCCGGGAUCCGGCCGCGUCCCGUCCCCUGCGCCGCCRGGCCUGGUGGCCCAGCUCUGCCUGGCGCAUCCGCGCGCACAACUUGUGGCCGAGCCCCGCCGGCGGAGGCGGACUUGGGGUUGGAGUGUUUGUUUGUUUGAACUUCCUCGUCGCCACCUUCCCUCCCCCCACCUCCGCCCCCACCUCACCCCCCUCCCCAGCUUCUGGACGCGUCGGACUGCAGCCGGGGUGGGGGGGUGGGGUAGGGAGUGCGUGGAGGGAGGAGGAAGAGGUUAAAAAAAAAGGAGAAGAAGAAGAAGAAGAAGGAGGGAAGAAAGAUCGCAGCCGGGGGAAAGGGAGCGGACGGGAGGCGAUUUUUGCCGACUCUGGAUUUGUCCCCGGCGUGCGCGAGCAUGGCGGCCCUUCCCGGCGCGGUACCCAGGAUGAUGCGACCGGCUCCGGGGCAGAACUACCCGCGCACGGGCUUUCCCCUGGAAGUGUCCACCCCGCUUGGCCAAGGCCGGGUCAAUCAGCUUGGCGGGGUCUUCAUCAACGGGCGACCCCUGCCUAACCACAUCCGCCACAAGAUUGUGGAGAUGGCCCAUCAUGGCAUCCGGCCCUGUGUCAUCUCCCGCCAGCUGCGGGUCUCCCAUGGCUGUGUCUCCAAGAUUCUCUGCCGCUACCAGGAGACUGGGUCCAUCAGGCCUGGGGCCAUCGGCGGCAGCAAGCCCAGACAGGUGGCGACUCCGGAUGUGGAGAAAAAGAUUGAGGAGUACAAGAGGGAAAACCCAGGCAUGUUCAGCUGGGAGAUCCGGGACCGGCUGCUGAAGGACGGGCACUGCGACCGCAGCACGGUGCCCUCAGGUUUAGUGAGUUCGAUUAGCCGCGUGCUCAGAAUCAAGUUCGGGAAGAAAGAGGAGGAGGACGAAGGGGACAAAAAAGAGGACGAUGGCGAGAAGAAGGCCAAACACAGUAUCGACGGCAUUCUGGGCGACAAAGGGAACCGGCUGGACGAGGGCUCGGACGUGGAGUCGGAACCGGACCUCCCUCUGAAGCGCAAGCAGCGCCGCAGUCGGACCACGUUCACGGCCGAGCAGCUGGAGGAGCUGGAGAAGGCCUUCGAGAGGACCCACUACCCCGACAUCUACACCCGCGAGGAGCUGGCCCAGAGGACCAAGCUGACCGAGGCCCGCGUGCAGGUCUGGUUCAGUAACCGCCGCGCCCGUUGGCGGAAGCAGGCAGGAGCCAACCAGCUGGCAGCCUUCAACCACCUCCUGCCAGGGGGCUUCCCACCCACGGGCAUGCCCACGCUGCCCCCGUACCAGCUGCCGGACUCCACCUACCCCACCACCACCAUCUCCCAAGAUGGGRGCAGCACCGUGCACCGGCCCCAGCCCCUCCCGCCGUCCACCAUGCACCAGGGUGGGCUGGCCGCAGCCGCUGCCGCGGACACCAGCUCCGCUUACGGAGCCCGCCACAGCUUCUCCAGCUACUCSGACAGCUUCAUGAACCCGGGGGCCCCCUCCAACCACAUGAACCCCGUCAGCAACGGCCUGUCUCCUCAGGUGAUGAGCAUCCUGAGCAGCCCCAGYGCCGUGCCCCCGCAGCCUCAGGCCGACUUCUCCAUCUCCCCGCUGCACGGCGGCCUGGACUCAGCCUCCUCCAUCUCGGGCAGCUGCAGCCAGAGGGCCGACGCCAUCAAGCCUGGAGACAGCCUGCCCACCUCCCAGUCCUACUGCCCGCCCACCUACAGCACCACCGGCUACGGCGUGGACCCCGUGGCCGGCUACCAGUACGGCCAGUACGGCCAGACUGCUGUUGAUUACCUGGCCAAAAACGUGAGCCUGUCCACGCAGCGUCGCAUGAAGCUCGGGGAGCACUCCGCGGUGCUGGGACUCCUGCCGGUGGAGACUGGCCAGGCCUACUAGGCUCCUGGGGCGACUUGCCCCAGCCCGAGGCCCAGCCCACCCCCUCCUGACCCCUGAGCCUCCGCCUCCGUCCCCCUCAUCCCCCUGGGGCCACGGGAGACCAGGAAGGGAGCCCGUCCCCUGCUCAUCAGCAGCCCUCCCGUCAGUCACCUGUGGUUGGGGACCCUCCAUGGCCCCUUGGAGUCCCUCCCAGAAGGGUUGAGGCCACCCUGCAACGUCCCCUGCUCAGAUCUGCUGUGACCCCCAGAACCCAGGGUGGAGACUGAGGCCCGUUCCSAACAGGGCACCUCGGCCCCGGAGCGGGACGGAGCCUGCGAUGCCACCCUGUGGGCUGCGUUCUGCAGCGGGGUGCCCUGGCCAGAGGGCAGGGGAAGCUCGGGUGACCCCGUCAGCUACCAGUGCUGGGAACCCCCCCCCCCCCGCCACGGCGGAUCUUUGGCUCAGCACCAGAACCACAGCUCUCUCCUCCUCAGGACACGGGGGCUCCAGCAGAGGGGACCCCGGGGUCUCCCCAAGGGAGUCAGCGGGUGACGGUCUCGACUUCACCCAGGACGUUGGAGGACUUCAGCACCCUCCCCACACAGCCCUGCUGAGGAGACCGGGGAGAGGGCAGAGGCUCGACCAGGGCCGGGGCUGUGGGGCGGCAGGCUGGUCACACUGCAGGCCACAUCUGCUGGCCCAGAGCGCCAGCACCCACCUCAGGCUCCAGGAGGCAGAGGCUCUUCAACCGAAGCCCAGUUCCAGCCGCGUCCACCCCGGGGGCGGUCUGCGAAGCUGCUCAGCUCCCUCCUCAGUGGGGUCGGAUGGGACACAGAGGGGACAGUCMCCAGCAAAGAGGUGCAAGGUGGGCCCGGAAGGGACUUUCCUGACCAAAAUCCUUUCCCUGGAGGGCGACCAGCCAGGGAGGCCAGACGCUCCAGCCCUUGGCCUCACGUCCACCUCCCUGGAGUCAGGAUCCCCACRAAGGCUCCUCAGAGACGGGAGCCCACCCUGCACCCUGCUGCAGGAAAGGCCGCCAUCUUCCCGCCGCGGGCCCCRGAUGGGCCGAGGCGCAGGGCUUCCGCCAGAGCUUCGGAGGAGGGUCUUGGACUGGGCAGGGGUGGCCUGCCCUCCAGAUCAGCCUGCCAAGUCCCCUUGGCGUUUUGGUCCCACCCAUCUUUCAGCGCUGACUCGCUCUGGGCCAAGAGGCCUCUGUCUCCUGAUGGGGUCCAGCUGACCUGGGUGCAUGUUGGCCAUUUCCAAACCCUGGGCCUGGGCAGAGGAAGACGCAGAAGGUUCUAGAAAAGAGGAGAAAAGACUCCUUCCUGCCUUCAGCRCUCCAGCGGCUUCCUCCAGCUCUGCUCUCCCAAGAGCCGGGGCCUCGGCUUCACGCCCUGCCCCUCCUCCCCGGGCGCUUCCCACCUUCACCUUCAUGGAAACGGUCCACCGUCCCCCUCACCCUCUCAUACACCCCGCUCAGCUCACCUGCACCAGUGCGGCCGGCUACAGGACACUUGUGAUGGGGGACACGGCAAGGAAUCCACAAACACUGGACCCCGUUGCUUGUCCCCACCUGGGCACGCGAGGCCACCUGUCUGCUCCGUCCAGGCCUCUUGCCCUCAGCCCACGAGACAUUCCUAGAGGGAAGGGAUGCUGCUUUGGGAGCUCACCUGAGGUCCUUCCUCCUGGAGGGCCAAAUGGACAAGAAGCUAGGACACUCGUCCGCAUGGACGUCACCUGUGGGACCAUGCUCACCUGUUUCUCUUCGUGAGAACUGAUCACACCAAGCCAGUCCUGAGCCCUGACCAGGACGGCUUAUACCCUGCGGUUUAGAGCGACCAAUUGAUAACUGAGGACAAAUGGGCUCUUUGGUGGCGGUGGGCACCCGGACAGCAGUGGCCCGUCAGGUUCAGCCAACUGGAGCAUCCACUCCAAGAGACUUUGGGUUCUUCAAGCUCUGGACAAAAGGGAAGAUCUUGUUGUCCCUUGGAAGCGCAGUCCACGCUGUUGUAGCUGUCACAGCCAGAAGGCCGCUCAGAAGACCAACACCAUCUUCGUCCACAUUCCUUAAUGGCCAGUCCUUCCCUGGAGGCCCGGCUCAGGACCCGUCUGAGUCCCUUCACAGCCUGUGUGACUCAGGAGCAGGGCUCUCGGGCAGGUGACAUCAAAACUGCCCAGCCCAGCACCAAUAGUGACAUUCCCAUGCUAGGACCAAUCCCAAUGAUCUGCCCCCACCGUGAAACAAAACCAAGACCUGCUUGGGAGUCAACCCAGCGGUUUGUCAUUACAGUGUCCAACACCUCGGACUCCUCCCAAGCCACCGUCUCGGGAGACAAUGGUACUCACUGGUUUUCCAGGGGACCCUUAACCCCCAGCCGAUAUUCCCUAAAACCCCGUGUAUCUGUGGUCUCGCCAACUCCGUCUAUAAAACUGGACCUUGCGUUGGCAGCUUGCAGCUUCACUGAGAAAGUGAUAUUGGUUGGACGAGAGGCUCGAAGCUUCAAUCCCUGGGGGUUGACCACAGCCUAGAAAAAGGCCUUGAAGUCCAGUGGCCAGGCCAGCCCAGAAACAACCCCACCCGUCCCUGUAAAUAGAGUCCCUAGCAAGAGAAGAGAUGUCUCCUCCAACUGUCCCAAGUAGCUACUGGUCCUACCUACGGGGGCUCCUCUCCUGAGCCCACUGGAUAUUAGUUGGAAACGUG